AUGUAAGUUGCAUCAAAUCCCCAUUUCACAAAAACCGGUACAACUAUUGUUGGACUAUUAUACAAAGAUGGUAUAAUACUAGGAGCUGAUACAAGAGCAACUGCAGGAACAAUAGUAGCAGAAAAGAAUUGCUAAAAAAUCCAUUACAUAGCUGACAAUAUAUAUUGUUGUGGUGCUGGAACAGCUGCUGAUACUUAAUGGGUAACUGAUAGAAUGGCCUCAGAAUUAUAAUUAAUGAGACUUAAUUCAAAUAGAUAAUCUCGUGUAUCAACUGUAGUUACUAGACUAAAAGAUCAUUUAUAUAAAUACUAAGGACAUGUAGGUGCGGCAUUAAUUUUAGGUGGAUAUGAUUGCAUUGGACCUUAAUUAAUUUCUAUAUCACCUAAUGGUUAUUGUACUUAUUUACCUUAUUGUACUAUGGGAUCUGGAUGUUUGGCUGCUAUAUCUGUUAUAGAAUCUAAAUAUAAAGACAAUCUUGAAGAAUAAGAAGCUAUAAAUUUAGUCAGAGAAGCUAUUGAAGCAGGAAUUGUUUAUGAUUUAGGUUCUGGUUCUAAUGUUGAUAUUUGUGUUAUUAAAAAAGAAAAGGUUAAUCUUAUGAGGAAUUAUAGAACUGAUAAUUAAAGACUUAAUGAAUAAUUCAAAUAUAAGAAUUUAAAAAAUAAUACUCCUUAUAUUAGAUAAUUUAACGUGUAAUUGGAAAAAGUAGUAGAUCAAAGUUUAUAAAUGGAAGUAGAAUGAAAAAAAUAAAUAAAUAAAUUUAUUUUAUAAAAAAAAAAAUAUAAGAUUUUUUAUUAUUUAAUAAUAC